UGUAUUCUGCCUCCAACCUGCUGGUGCUAUUAAAUGACUGGAUUCUCCGAAAGGAGCUGCAGCAGAGCUUGCCCGUGUCGCUGCCCCAGCAGAAGCUGCUGACCUGGCUGAGUGUGCUAGAAUGCGUGGAGGUCUUUGCAGAGAUGGGGACAGCCAGGGUGUGGGGGGAGAUGGGCCGGUGGACCAUCAUUGUCCUCAUCCAGCUGGCUAAAGCCAUCCUUCGCCUCCUGCUCCUGCUGUGGUACAAAGCUGGCAUCCAGAUGUCUCCUCCCAUCGUGCCGCUGAACAGGGAGCACCAGCCUCUCCACCCCCAAGACAUGGAAGACAACUCCUCAGGGAAGGAUCAGACCUAUGUUGGCAAGCGUUCCAGCCGUGUUGUGCGCUCUCUCCAGAGCACCCCAUCCCUGCAGUCCCGGCACUGGGGGUCCCCCCAGCAGAGGGAGGAGUCGCAGAGCCGAAGAGCAGAGGAGAUGAACCAGCCUCCCACCCCUCUGGGUCUUCAGGAAACCAUCGCAGAAUCUCUCUACAUUGCCCGCCCUCUGCUCCACCUCUUGAGUUUAGGAGUGUGGGGUCAGAGAUCGUGGAAACCCUGGCUCCUCUCAGCAGUCCUGGACAUCUCAAGUCUGAGCUUGCUGAGUGAUCUGAAAGACCUAAACAGGCGAGAGCGAGCGGAGCUGAGACGACGAACCAUCCUACUGCUGUAUUACCUGCUGAGAUCUCCUUUCUAUGACCGAUACUCAGAGGGCAGGAUCCUUCUCCUCCUGCGCUUGCUGGCUGAUUAUGUGCCUGGAGUUGGCUUUGUCACACGGCCCCUGAUGGAUUACUUGCCUGCUUGGCAGAAAAUCUAUUUCUAUAACUGGGGCUGAUGAGAAGAUGAUGAUUGUUUUCUGUGAAGAUUGUGGCUGGACAUUUCUGAGGAGGGCAAGCAGGCUGGGAGGGAUGCUGAGAAUGUCUAUUUUUGAAACCAUCAAUGAGAAGCUCCCAUUCUGCAGGGUGGGGAGGGGGGUGUAUGUAAUUUUUUUAACAGAUCUAGCUGUGAAUGAUGGACAUGACAUGCGUGGAGGGACCCUGGCCACCUCUUUCUCUGGACCAUUCUGUGGCUACAGUGAUGGUGAUGGGACAACCUCUUUUUUUAAGCACUUGAUUUUUUUCUCCUUUUGUACAGCUGCACUAUCAUAAAGCCAAGGCAGCACAGGGGUUUUUUGGAGA